AUGGCUACUCCCUUCCGAGCCUCUACCCCCGUAUCAUCGGGCGGAUUUCCCGAACAACUCUCACCACGAUCAAGAAUGCAAGCUGAACUCGCGGCUAUCGAGAGUAGCGAUGACGAAGAAUCACCCUCAAAAAAGACUACAAAAGAUGUGUCGCUAAAACGCCUCGACCUACCACAACGGCCAACACAGGAUGAAGACGCGUCCUAUGAGUCGGAGAAGGAGAUGACCAGACCUCGAGGAAAGCUUGCGGCCAGAAUGCAAGGCAUCGCUCAACCAGCACAACUGGAAGAAGACAACUCUAACCAAAAUACCACCGCUCGAGAUCGUGUAAAGAAGAGAUUCGAGCAAGACGAGAAAGAGGUCAGGCAAGCAGGGGAAGAACACAAUGUCGGCAUGCCUGAUGCUUCAUCAGAAGACGGCACUCCUGUGGCACGCCGAAGACCAACCCGCAAGGCUCCUUCAUCACCAGCUGCCAGAAACACUUUUCGAAGCCCCAGUCCAGGAUUAUUCCUCGUAGAGUCAUCGCCUGUUCGCCCUUCACCGUCGAAGUCAACACAAGAUAACUCGGAUUCUGAUGAGGGCUUACCUGCAACCAAAUUCGCCAGAAUGGCAGCACUUCUUGAGCGCCAAAGGCAAAAGAAAAGUGCCGAAGAAUCAGCCAAAGAGGCGGAGCACGCAGAAAAGCGUAUGAAGCGAGAGAAACUCCCUCAAGAGAUUGAGCAGAUGGAAUCUGAUGACGAUGAUUCUGGCAUAACUGACGAUGAAGGUGGAAUCCGCCUGACACAAACCGGGCGACCCAGUGCCCGGAAAGCAAGCAAGAAAGCCAUCGAGGAGAUGAACAGAGAGACUCAGAGAAUGUCAAGAAACAUGCAAUUGAAGCAUCAGGCAAAGACAAGAAAGAAGAUCUCAAAAAAUAGCUUGUUUGAACGAUUCAACUUCAGACCAGCAGGUGGAAUAGAUCCCAAAGUUGCCAGCUCCAGUAGGGGACCAACGCCUCACAGCGAUGUCGAAAUGCAAGAUGCGGACACACCACCCAGCUCCCCCCCUGUGUCCAAGGAAACUGUUCAGCCCACCGAACCUGUUGCUCAAGACGACAAAUUCGAUUUGCCAACCAUUGACGAACUCGCCAAGACAACCAAACCCAAGCUAGAUAAGGGCAAAGGAAAAGUCAUCGAGACAACAACCGAACAUGCACAGCCGACCCAAAAGCCUAAACGUCAAUUUCGGGUCAAACUCCUACCUGUCAGAGCCAACGUGACCUUGGUAGACUCCGAUGACGAAUUGGAAAUUACGACAACGACAAAAGAUAGAAUUCGAGCUGUGUUCGACAUGGCGCCCACCAAGAAAGCUCAAGAACCCAACUCGAUCCAGACACUGCGCGCCCUUGCACAGGUUAAAUCUCCAGGCAAGGAGACCAGACGAAAGAACGAAAACCAUGGUAUGACGCCAAGCGAGCUGCAGAUGUACCUUCAGCAAAAGGCUCGACAACAGGCCAAGGUGGAGCGUGACCGCAGACUGGAUAUGCUCAAAGCCCAAGGUGUAGUUAUCCAGACCGCUGAAGAGCGCGAGCGCGAGAUGCAGCAGGUCGACGACAUCGUCGCCAAGCACAGGGAAGAGGCACAGAGGAUCAUGCAGGAGGAGCGGGCUGCCGCCAAGGAGAAGCGAGAGAACGGUGAAGUUGAUCCUCUGGCGUGGGAUGACAGCGACGACGAAGAGUAUCAGGCUUCUGCUGACGAGGCUGAUGCCGAAGCAUCUGCGGUCGAAUUAUCUGGAUCAGAGGACGAGGAUGACGAAGCAGACGGUAACUCUAUGAUUGAAGGAGAGGCUGAAGACGGAGAGUCCGAGGCUUCUACUGGCGAGGAGGAGGAGGAUGCAACCCCUGUCGCUAGUCAAGAUGUUCAUGAUGACGCCGAUGAACUCCCAGUGGCGAGCAAGCGACGAAUUCGCAAACCUAUCGUUCUUACUGAUGAUGAAGAAGAGAACUUGGUUGAGAUGACACCCAAAUCGAAGCCACAAACCACCCUGCACACCUCCCCCACAGUCCCAAACACUCAAUCCCCUACAGCGCCCAGAUCUGUACUGCGUUCAGCUAAAAAGAACUUUAUCCCUGGCCUCCCUGUACAGGGAGCAGCUGGUCUUGGGCUUACUCAGAUCUUUGCUGGUACCAUGGACGACAGCCAGGUGGAUGCAGAGAACGGUCCAACUCAGUCCAUGAUGCCUGACUUCGACCACUUUCCCGACUCCAACUUUUCUGCGACCAUGGACGAGCCCAUGGAAGACAUGGUCAUGGACAGCCAGAAGGACGACACACAAAAGACAACUCAAGGCGUUCAUCUCAACUUUUCUCAGUCUCAAAUGCGAAGUCUUGAUAGCCUGCUGCGGGAGGAGAGCACACAAAUCUCUGACAUGAUCGACUUCACUCAGGAUGAGGGUCUCCAACACCAAACGCCCCUGAAAAACAGAUUUGUCGAGGCGCCAGAUUCCACCGUGGAGACAAUGGUGGUUGAUCAAGAGGACCCAAUACAAGCCUCGCCGUUAGUCCGCCGUGGUCGCCUUCGUCGCAGAAUGGACACGUCUGAGCGAAUUGAGGAGACACCUGAGCCCGUGGCUGCAGAGAAGUCUGACACUGCCUUUCAUAUGUUGAAGGAGGGAGCCAAGCAAGAAAAGAAGAAACAGGCUCAAGCAAAGUUUGAUCAUAAGAAAAGCAAAGCCAAGGAGAUGGUUCAGGAUCAGGCCGAGGAAUCCGAGGAUGAGUACGCUGGCCUGGGUGGUGUAGACGGCGAGGAUAGUGAUAACGAAUCCGUUGCCUCGCUUAAAGAGAUUAUCGACGAUGCUGCCGGUAAUGAUGUUGACGAAGCUAAGCUCGCUGCUUUCUAUGCCGAUCGAGAGCGUGCGGACGAUGAGAAGCAAGUUGAGAAACUUUUCAAGGACAUCACAACUGGCAUGCUUCGUCGCAAGCGCGGCGCGGGAUACGAUCUCGACGACUCUGACGAUGAUGGCGAAGCUCGUCGAAGGAUGAAGCGUCGACAAUUCGCCAAGAUGCAACAGGCUUUGUUCGCUGAUGAACGGGUCAAGAAGAUUGCCGAAAAUCCGGGUAACCAAGCUUUCCUCAAAACCAUCGAGGACAGAGGUAGCGACGAUGAGAUGGACUUUUUGGAUGCACCUGAAGAAGCCAACAAGUCAUCCCAGUCCCAGUCCCAGUCCCAGGAUGAUGAAGGCAGCAAGACAAGAACUGUUCCCGAUAGCCAACCUCAAAGGAUUCUUGGCCCUGCGGAUAAUCGGGCACCUGCCUAUCUGCGUAGAACCAAGGAUGGCAAGAAGCCUUCCAACAUCGGCGAAGUGCGCGAGACCUUAUCGGACUUGCUAGAGGAGCCCCAUGGCUCUAUCAUUCCCGCCACAGAAGUAGGAUCAGACAGUGAGGGCGAAGAGGAGGCUCACGGACAAGCUCGUAGUGACAAGGAGAACGAUGAAUCUAGCCCUCGCCGUGGCAGUGUUGCAGUUGUUGAUCGCAUUAGCCUAAAGCGCAACAGCUCUUCCAACGCCAGCACCAGCCGUCUUGCCUUCGCAACAGCAUCGAGCUCCUCUUUCAAGGUGCCGGCGCUUCUACGUCGUGCGACAGCCAACUCAUUUGUCUCUGGUACGGCCUCCACAUCAAGUUCUGGUACCUCAACGCCAGCCAGUGGAUUCGGCGAAGAGGCCAAAAUCAAGAAGGGAGCCAGCAAGAAGAGCGGCGUGCAUGCCUUUGCGCGAGACAGUGAGAGACGAGCGAAGCUCGUACAAAAUGAGCGAAAGAGAGAAGAGAGGAAGGUCAAGGGGGCUGAAAAGAGAAUUGGAGUCGUGGGUGGUUUGUUGGGUAAGGGGUCGUUUGAUUAA